AUGUUGUCCAUGAUACCCAUACUAAACGAUGUGGCUCCUCCUCCUCCACCUCGCCCGCCCGAGGGCGCUGUAGCCCCCCCGCCGUCGUUCCCGACUUACUUGCUGCCAAGCUUGUCGCGGCCCUUCCGCCGACAUCGCCACAUCUCGUCCAAUACAGACAGUAAUGCCUCUCCUACUUCUCCUACCUCUCCAACCUCUAUUCUUGCCCACAGUGAUGUCCCGUCCUUGCGAAACUCCCCCACAGACUCGGAGCUGUCGAGCCCUGUGCAUGGCUCCCCCCUCUCGUUCUCCCGCGUGAGAGACGGUCUUCGUCGGCUCUCCGCCGAACGGCAUGAUGCGCCCAAACUCACUAGGACUCGACCCGACACUAUCCGGUGCUCCACAUGUGGAAGUGACUUCGCAUUCUAUUCCCAGGUCGUGAGUAAAGGUUUUACCGGCCGCUAUGGUCGCGCAUAUCUGGUAUCGCCCCCGGACGACCCUUCGCAGGAGGCUGAAUCCAGCUUGAUGAACAUCAAAAUCGGCAAGCCAGAGCCGCGCAUCUUAAGCACGGGGACACAUGUCGUUUCCGACAUCCAAUGCGCCAUAUGCCGUGCCAAGAUCGGCUGGAAGUACGUUGAUGCGAGGGCGGAGUCUCAGAAAUACAAGAUUGGCAAGUUCAUCCUUGAGACUCGGAGGACCGUGACCUAUGCAAGCUGGGAAGACGCCAUGGUCAGCGACAUUCCCGAGCUCGAGUUCGAGAACAAGACCACUCGGGACGGUGACGAUGAGGAGCUUGUCGCGUUUGACUCGAGUGAUGAAGAUGAAUGCGACGACCUUUUCGCGGGAGUAUGGAAGGCAGAAAGUGCUGCGAAGAGUCGCAAACUAAAGCUUAAACGACGGUUCAAGUAA